AGAGAGAGAGAGAGAGAGAUCGAUCGCGUCGUGUUCGUACGCUCCUCUUGCUGCGUCGGCGAGGGAAAUCGAGCCUACGAGGAACGAACAACAGAGGCGAACGUGGCGACGGCGGAUCGAUAGAUCGCGUUCGAUGCCACGGUGGCGGGUAACGAGGCAAAACGAAUAACGAGCAACGAGCAACGAGCAAAUGAGUAACGAUGUAGAGAAGAGGCAAGGACGCGGUCAAAUUAACCCUUUGCACUCGACCGUAGGGCUGGUCGAGUGCUUGAAUCAAGCCAACAGCUUUCUCUUUUUACAAGUUUCUUCGCUGAUAAUUAUAAUGGACGGGCACCGUUUAGCAGAGCAACCAUACUCGCAAGCAAUCACAAGUUUCUUUUUCAUUUUACUUAAAAGUAAAGUAAUCUGUAAUACAAGUUAAACUGUAUUGCCACUGGGUGUAUUAAAUUUGAAGGAGAUUACCGGUAUUUCUCUGGUUUCCAGAGAGAAGAGAUUUCUCGAGACAAUUGACACUCGAUGAUUCGCGUAUUCGCGCCAGCCUUUGCAAUUACGCAUCCGAUUAACAAAGAAUAGAAUACAGGGGAUAAAAAUAAGAGUAAAAAGAAGGAGAGAAAUGAAAUUGACAGAAAAAAAUAAAGGAGAAUAAAGAUGAAAAUAAAAUAAGAUGCAAAAUAAAGAGUGAAACCUAGAGUAAAAUACAAAAUAAAAAAAGAGAAACAGAAAAUAGGUUAAAACGUAGAAUAAAAUGAGACAAACGUAAACUAGACUUUCUCUUGCUUCUUAUAAAAGUUGCAAACAUGCCGGCGGAUGUUAUUUUAUUUAUAUUGCCAGAGAUACUACUCUAGAUACUAUACUUGCUGCAGCACACUCGCAGUGCCCGGGUGUUGCUUCAAACUGCAUGUUAGAAAGCAUGUGAUCGGCAAAAUUUCGUUGCAAAUGCCAUUUGAAGGAUUGUCUCCGGUGUUGGUGGCAUUUAAUUUGAAGCUUCGGGAAUAAAUUACUUGCGAAAAUUGUAUGCUUGUGAAGGGCAAUGGGGGUCGAACCUACCGGAACGAUUGAAACGUUGAAAAAUCGGUGGAUGGGUGGAUAAAACAUAGUAGGAUAAGGUGGAUAAAAAGUCGAUUCGAUCGGGAGGGGUGGGAAGACGAGGACGAGGGGGAGGCGCGUAACGUCGUUAAUGGAUUUCGGCGGCGCGUGCGACAGCGACGCACGGUUCGGCGCGUGCGUUCUCCGCGAGACCGUUUUUCACCCCUCUAUAUAUUUCGAGGAAGCACGAGAUGAACCGGUACACGGCACGCGAUUUUCGCAGCAGGUAGAACGACACACAACUGGUGCUUCAACUUGCAAACUGAUCCGAAUCGAGGCGGAAUCGACGAUAUGACGUGCCAGCGUGCAGCUCUCGCUCUCUCGAUCGUGGUCCUCUCGAUCGUCGACUGGGCAACGACCGUGCAGGUUCGUCACCGCGGGAGCAAAACGCCGCGGUGCAACAGCAACGAUCACGAUAUCAGUCGAUCGUCCCGGCGUUCUACCUGGCGGAAAGGAGCGAGAAAGGGGCGAGGGAGAAGGAUCGGUUGUCGCGGAACCUCGAUCAGAUCGGCGGCGGCAACCUGUUGCGCCGGGGACUGUCCUCCGCGAUGGAACGAGGUGGCUCGUUCGACGGCCAGCGAUGGCUGUCGUCGCGAAGGAAUCUCGAUCAAAUAGGAGGCGGCAAUCUGCUUCGAAGCGCGGCCGAUCGGGGCGAGCGGAACUUGGACAGCAUCGGCGGAGGGAAUCUCGUGCGAGAUGCCGACGAGAGUUCUGCGUUCCGCAGGAACUUGGAUCAAAUCGGCGGGGGAAAUUUGGUGCGAGAUUUGGCCAACAACGAUAACGCGUAG